AUGAAGAUCCCUCUCUUUUUUUCUAUUCUGUUCUUCUUUGGUGUCUUCGUUCCACCAGCUAGAAGUAAAGAGUACUAUCCUGUCUUUAAUUGGUGGAAUGCAUGUAGACAGCUUGGUGGUCAAUGUAAAAACAAAUGUGGUGAUAAAGAAUUUGGGAUGUCGUACUGUGCAAGACCUACAACUCAUUGCUGCUUGAAAGAAUGUGACCCUAUGGAGUAA